AUGGAGUUAGAGCAUACAGCAGACCAACAUGGGCAAUCCGAUCUCAUUCAGAAACCUCUCUGGAUCCAUCAUUCACAGGGAGACCUUAGGAAAGUUCUCCAGAGGAACGCUGUGGCAUAUGUGAAUCUCCAUGAUCCAAUAAGAGGCAAAGGCAUUUUAUACUCCAUAGCAUCUCCUUCUCUUCAGCAACUAGCAACUGAAGUUACAAAGAACUACAAGUUCACCUGUCUUGGGCCAGAGAAAUGCAUGGAAUCCAAUGCUAGUUCUAUUCAAAUGCAAGGGGAUUCUGAUUAUUUCAUCAACCACCUUGGAGUCCCGGCUUUGCAGUUUUCAUACCAGGAUUCAACCACAUUAGAGAGCAAACCUGUGUUCAAACUGUCCAAAGAGCUGCUGAUUCA